CAGAACAAACGUUUGUAAGCAGUGUAAUACGCAGAUAACCGCUUCUACCUUUGUACACGAGACGUGAGUCAAAAUCGACACGGCACGUAUAUAGGUAGGUAUAUUAUGUUAUAAUAAAAUAUCACAUUCUAUGGUAUUGUGCGUGUUUUGCAAGUGCAAAUAUUUGAAAGUUGUACCGGCUUCUAACCCGCUGCGGCAGCUUUUACGUCGCCGCCCGUCGCCGAGUCGUGAGGUUUUCGCGGUGACCCGCACAGAUGGCGCUCCGCCGUCCGCUCGGCCCGUUUCGCCGCCCUCCGACGUAGUAGGUACUCCAUAACAAUAACACGCACCCGGGAGUUUCGGAUAGACGAGACGGCGGCGCUCCGGUCGAUAUGAACGCGAGCGCGGCACUUUAUAUAAAAACGCCGAGCUCCGAGUCCUCCGCCCGCAGAUAAUAUGUAGCCUCGUCGCGUCCCACCACUGCGGCAGAUCCGAUCGCUGGAUCUCUCCCGUGUCCGAAGUGUUUUUUUUUUUCUUUUUUUCGAGUGAGCGCGUAUAUACAUGGUACCUGGUUUCCGGGUGCCUGGCCGCCGAUGUCACCACCACCGCCGUUACCACCGUCGACCGACGCUAACACCACCGCAGUUCAUCCCCGCGCGUAAAUAAUAAUUUGUAUUUACGCGAAAACCGCGAUACGUUUUACGACCCGCAUUUGACCACCCUCCAGCACUGACGGCCGAAACCGAACGUCCGCUACUAUCCAUAUAACAUAUUAAUAUACACAACAUAAUAAUACAUAAUAUAUACUAUAUACCUGCAGUGCUCCACGACUUAUUGUACAUCGGAUCUGCUGGAAGAAAGGUCAAAAUGUCAACGAUAUCAAGUUUUUGCGAUAUUUUGAUGGUGAAAGUGGUUGGAGACGCUGAUUGGAGGCAAAGAUUUGUCGUGCUCAGCAAUAGUACAUUAUGGAUUUAUGGGGAUGAUCAAGAUCCUCGAAGGACAAAAAUUCACGCAGUAAGAGAUCUAGCUGUAUGCCGAAGAAUUUGUGAUGGAAGCCAUUUAGUUUUGCAUAUUAAAAACAUAGCUAAAUUGGAUUGGUUUAAGAUUAAAUUUAACACAGAGAAACAACUAAUUGCUUGGAAGAAGCGUAUGAGACAAGUAAAAGAAGCUUGGAAUGAAGAGACUUAUUUUCAAUACCUUAAUCAAAAAUCUCAGCUCAGAUCUCCAUAUGAGCCAUUAACUAGGAUAAAUCAACAGGUGCCCAGCAAUAAAUUAUCAAAGCCUCCACGCAUGCCAUUUUCUAGGAGUCGUUCACUUCAAGAAAUAAUAAGUUGGGAAAAGUUACCCAUGACACUUACUCAAGUAAACAAAGAAAUACUUUGUGGAAUAAACGAUGUAGACGCAAUUUUAGUCAGAGUUCGAUUAUCAAUCUUGGAAAAUGAAAUGGCUUACAAUAGAGAAAUGGACAAAAUGUUAGUUGCUUUUAAAAAACGAGCUCUGUGGCCUGAUUAUUUCCUGAUGGACGAUAAGUCGUUAAUUGAACAAACGCUAUCCAAAUUAAAAGAGAGUUCAGAUACUCUUUUGCACGAUGUCGAAGAUAUGUGGCCAGACGCUCCUAUGGUAUUACAGAGUUUGGAUGAUCUAGCUGAUUUAUUAAUUAAACACUUGAAAUCGGUGGCAAGGACCAGAAUGAUCACCUAUUGCCAUCUUCUGCGGGAUUUUAGGCCUUUCUUACGCAAUAAUUUAGAGAGCGUGGACGAUAUAUAUGCAGAUGUGUACAGCGAACACUUCUAUAUGGAACGAGCGCUUCUGCCGAUCUUCCGAGUGUAUAAGUUAAAAGGCAUAUCUAAAAAGCUGGCUGUAAUGUUAUCCACUGAGAAGGACACCAACAGUGCACGUUGGAACAAGCUGUUUGACCUAUGUCAGGAGACGCUGACCGAGACGUAUGGCGAGCUGUCCAGACUGUUCGGCGACUAUUACGCGCUGAGCGUGACGCAGUUGUUCGCGUUCAGCGACAAGCACGCGGCGUUCGAGCGCAACGGCAACAUGAGCCUGUUCGAGAAGUUUGAACUGGCCAGGGAGGUGAGCGAGAUAUGCGACUCGGUGGUGCCGCUCAUCAAGGUGGUGAUCGUGGAGGGCGGCAAGCGCGGCGACGGUACCGCCGCGGCCGCGUCGGACGACGUGGUGGCCGCUGUGGAGGCCGCGGCGGCCGGUCACCGGCGCAGGUGCGGCGCCGACUGUUGGGACGACCGCAACAACGGAUACGGGAAACGGGACGCCCGGCCGUUUGAGAUAAUCGCGUGUAAAAAUCCGUUCGGCACCAUCAUGGAAUACGACGUGGACAGGAAAGCGGCGCCGUGCAGCCGGAAGAACUGUGGCGGCGGCGGCGGCGGUGGAUUUGGCAACAAGAACAAGCCGAGAAAGACCGCGGCGGCCGGCAAGUGCAUCGAACUCAAGGUGUACUCGCGUUCGGUCAACUAUUUCCACGAACAAAUCGAAGAACAAGCGGUCGCCUGCAGCGGGUUCGUCGCGAUGCGCACGUCGUCUGCCUCCUCGCUGCCCUAUUGAAACGGAUGUCGCUUGCAGAUAAUAUAAUUAAUUUGUAUGAUGUGUAUAGUAUGACAUGUUGACGUGUACGUAUAUGUGUGAUUUUAAGGGCCGAGAGCGGUCGAUAGGAGGGAUGAUGGAAUGGUUUCAUUCUCAAUUAAAAUAUUAUUUGAAUCUAUCAGAUAUUAUCUAUAUAAGAGCGUGGAAAACAUUUUUUUUUUUUUUAAUCGAAAACCAUUACGCCUACGCAUUAUCACACACGCAUACACAUACGCUCGCGCGUAUGUACAUCACAAAAUUUUCAGUGGUCACCGUUUUAGGUCGUACACAGUAUACUAGUGGCGUGCUCAGAUUUGUCAAUAUAAACAGCGGAUAUGAUAUUUGAACAAAAGAAAAAAAAAACAUUUAAAAAAACAUUUUCUUGCAUUCGCCUACCACGUGCUUGUUAGUAUUAAAAUAAUAACUUGACCGAGCGUGUAAUCAACUUUCAAAAUCACAUGGAAAAAAAAUUGAAUUUAGAAGUUUUAGUUAAAUAAUUCAUUAUGAGAAAUCAAUUGACAGAAAUGAGCUAAUGGGAGUAUACGACUCGCUUAUUUUAUUAACCACGUACCGGUACGUUUGAGAUCCACACGUUCGGAGGAAUGGGACUGCCGAUAAUAGAAGACCGCGAUUCAUGACAAUAUCACAAUAAUUGGGAGUGAGGCGUAUACCAUUUAGGCAAUUAGAUCCAAAAUGUCGCUUGUAUGGGCGAGUAUAUUAUAUUCAAUAAAUAAUACUAUUUGGGCGAACAAGUAUGAAUAGGUUUAUAGUUAGGUGUUUAAAUUUAUGUUAAUAGAAAUAUUUAUAUUUACUGUAGUUGAAAAAAUGAAAAUAAACAAAUCACAUAUUAUAUUAAGUACCUAUAUAGUAUGACUAAAUAAUAAGUGAUUAAAAAAAAUAUUGGUAUCUAUAAUAAUAUUUUAAUACAGUAAUUUUUUCCUUAUUAAAGUUCAUACAUCACAUUUUAAAGAUAAUUACAUUCGCCUAAAAAGUACAAGUGAUAUAGUCGCUCAAACAGCUUAUGCAUUUUUUAGUAAAAAUUAUUACCACUAUUCAUCGAGAAGGCUACUAAAAGGGUGUCGGCCAGAUAUUUUAUUGACCAUUUUAUUGAACGUGGAGAAGAGAAAAUUCGCACUUUUUGAACAAGUUUCAUUGCAAUAAAUUAAUAUAAAUACCUCUUUGUUUCCCAAUAAAAUUAAAUUUUAGAUAAAGCUAAUAUCAGUUUAAAAAUAGCAGUACAAAUAUUAUCAAAUUCAUUUAGUUAUUGAAUAUAGCGAUGAUGUUAUAAUACGAAAUAAAUUUAACGCACCAAUAUAGGUUCUAUUAAAAUGUUGGAAAUAUAUUUUAGAUGUCGAUAGUUUGUACAGUGGCGCAAUUAGCACUAAAUCUUAAGGGGGGGGGAAUACAGACCCACCUCGAUAUUAUACCCCACACACUCCCCAUCUAUCUUAAAAUUUAAACACCACAAAAAUAUCAACAUUUACUUUUAAUUAUAAUAUACAAUACGUAGUUGUUAACAUGUAAUUCAAGAUUCAUUUUUCUUUUAUUUACGGCUUUAAUUUGUUGUCAAAAUGUGUAACAGAAAAGGUAAAAAUAAAACCCCGGUAUAGGUAUAGUCAAAAUUUAUAGAAACCAUAGUUUAAGAUGUAAGUAUGGGCACAGAACAGAUAAAUUUACUAUACAAGUUGUGAUAAGAUAGCUGAGCGAGGUCAAAAAUAUUUUUUAUUAAAUUGAUAUGAAUGAAAUAUUUUUUUUUACAUUGAAGUAAAAAAUUUAUAAAAAUGUUUUUGUUUUGAAGGGCUAUUACAAGUUGUUUUUUUUUGUUUUGGGGUGCUAAGCCCCCAAAGCACCCUCACCCUAGUCGCGUUUAUGAGCUUGUAUAUUAUAACCACGGUGUGUAAGCGAUUACAUUAGUCGAUUUACCUAUGGUAGGUUUGGUACCUAUAUAUAUACCUACUUAGUUGUUUCAUUAUUAUAUAAACACCCACAAAUAAGAUAGGAAAAAAAAUUGUUAUUUAAUAAGCCAUGUAUCAACAUUUGUAUCUAUGAAAUAUAAUUGUAUAAGAAUGCAAUUGCGCACAUUUUGUAAACGCCAAUAUAAUGUCAAUAAAUAAAUAAACGAUCACGGAAUUCAAUAUUUA